AUGCCCUCAAACGACCCAAAAUACAAUGACAUGCACCAGCAGCUCUUCGAGGAGGGACUGAAGAUGCGAAGAAGCGUCGUCGGCGACGAGUACGUCAAGACAGCACUGGAGAACGGAUCCUCGGAGUUCUCGCGAGCCGGGCAGGAGCUCGUCACGGAGUGGUGCUGGGGCUACGCAUGGACGCGGCCGGGGCUCGACAAGAAGCAGCGCAGCUUGAUCAACAUCGGGAUGCUCAUGGCGCUCAACCGUGCCCCUGAGCUGGCGGUGCAUAUCCGCGGCGCGAGGAACAACGGGCUGUCCGAGCUGGAGAUCCGCGAGGCCAUCAUCCAUGCUACGACGUACUGCGGUGUUCCGGCUGGCGUGGAUGCGAUGAAGACCGCCGAGAAGGUGCUCAACGACAUGGCGGAGAAGGGCGAGAUGCCACGGGAGUUGGGUUCACUGAGCGAGAGGGCGAAAAACAACGGUUGA